AUGGUGGGUGGUAGAAACCGUCUAAAGGAUGUUAGUAAUGCUUUGACCACGUCUAAAGAGCUAUUGAAAAUUAUCAACCGUGUUUGGGCUCAUGCUGAUCAGCCUUCAUCAAGCAUGUCUCUUGUCUCGGCCUUGCAUGCUGAGCUUGAGGGGGCUCGCCUGCUGGUCAACCAGCUUAUCCAAGAACAACGUUCAGAUCAACAAGAGAUCAAUUAUCUUAUGAAGUGUUUUGCUGAAGAGAAGGCAACAUGGAAAAAUAAAGAGCAACAAGCAGUUGAAGCUGCUGUUGAGACCAUUGCUGGUGAACUUGAGGUGGAGCGGAAGUUGAGGGGCCGUUUUGAGAGCUUAAACAAGAAACUUGGGAAGGAAUUAGCAGACACAAAAGCAUCUUUCAUGAAAGCAGUGAAAGAACUUGAGAGCGAGAAGAGGGCAAGAGAAAUAAUGGAACAGGUGUGUGACGAAUUAGCUAGGGAUAUUGGCAUAGAUAGAGCUGAAAUGGAAGAGCAGAAGAGGGAGUCUGUAAAAGUUCAUGAAGAGGUUGAGAAGGAAAGGGAGAUGCUUCAAUUAGCUGACAUGUUGCGUGAGGAGCGAGUUCAGAUGAAACUCUCGGAGGCUAAACAUGAGUUUGAGGAGAAAAAUGUGGCCAUUGACAAGCUGAGGAAGCAACUUGGAGCUUUCCUGGGGACCAAGAAAGGUAAAGAAAAGGGAUGCGGUUCUCAAAAAUUUGGGAAUGAUGAUGAGAUUGCAGCCUACCUGAGUAAAACUCGCUUUGGCUCUCAUCAGAAUGAAGAAAAAGAAGAUGAUGGAGAAGUGGAGGAUGUUGUAGACUGUGAAGAAGACUCGGCUGAAAGUGAUCUUCAUUCUAUAGAAUUGAACAUGGACAACAAUAAUAAGAGUUACAAAUGGGCUUACCCAUCUGCCAUUGGACGUGAUUCUAGUAGAGUUUCAAUUGGCAAUGAAAUGAAAGGGAGGAAUUCUACCCCAGAAAAAGUACACAGGAAGAGCACUUAUCUGCAAAGGAGCAUUUCAGAUGGAAUUGAAUGGGCUGCCCAAAUUGGUGGCUUUCAGAGCUUGAGAGAUGGUUUAGACCGGGAGAGAGUCCAUGAAUAUGAGAAGCAGGCUCAAAGAAAAAGCUACGGGGAUGAAAUGCAGAGAUACAAAUCCGUGAAGGGUAGCAGGGACCAUAUAUUACCUAGUUCUAGAUUAGGGUCAUCCAAAGACACCGCAAGUCCAAAGCGGCAAGGAGGGCCAUGGUCUUCACUAGAUCCUGGCAGUACAUUUCAGGGGAGACCUGCUACGGCGCAGAGCACUGGUUUGAAGUCAAGGCUGGGGGAAGCCAGAGUGGAAGGGCAGCAUGGAAGAAGAUCAAAACGGUGA